GCGGUUGGUUUGGGGGGUAUAGUGAGGUGUCUGCUGGGUGGUGUUAAUAUGCUUGAGCCUUGAGUCCCUUAGCCUCCCUUUCUCUUCCUUUGUGUUGUGUGUUCUCUUUUUUUUUCGUGAUGAUAAAAAAUCCAGUGGUCAUUGUGGGCUCCCAAGUGAGAACUGAGAAAGCAGAGAAAGCGGCGAAGUGUGUAGUCGAAGCGUUCGGCUGCCGAACUGUCGUUACGAGUGAUGGUAAAGGACUGUUUCCAGAGGAUCACCCUGCCUUUGCUGGAGUUUACAUGGGUCAGGUGGGAAUCCCUAUGGAAUGUAGAGAAGUGGUGGGCACAUGUGAUGCGUGCAUCGUCAUCGGCGCGGUUUUCUCUGACUACUCGACAACGGGAUUCAAAAUGGAUCUGAAAUGGCAGAACACUGUCCAAGUAAAUCUCUUUCUCCUUUUUUAGAAUCUCAUCUCUUUUCAAAGCAACACAUUCGUUAUUGCCACUCUUUGGUAAAUUAUUGCUAUACCUGUUGGGCACUGGAUACCAUCCCGCUAACCCAUGAUAAAUGAGGUGGUAAAAUGGCAUUUUCAUUACCUUUAAACAAAGCACUGAUUAAGCC